AUGCAGAACCACAGCGAGAUCGAGAAGUUACGCAGGGACAAGACGAACAUGUGGUACAUCAUUGAGAUGGCCUCUCUGGUGCCCGUGUGCAAAUCCAUGUCCCGGAAGCUGGACAAGGUGACCGUCCUCCGCAAGGUCGCGCAGCACAUCAAGACCAUACGUGGUUCCACAAAUUCGUACACGGAAGGGCACUACAAGCCUUCAUGGCUGUCAGACGACGACGUGAAAAACGUUGCCUUACAGGGUGCUGACGGUUUUCUGUUCGUUGAGAGCUGUGACUGCGGUCGAAUCCUGUUUAUGUCAGAGUCGGUGCAACAGACACUCAACUACAUUCAAGGAGAUAUCCUCGGACAAAGCUGGUUUGACAUUCUGUACUCUAAGGACAUCGCCAAAGUCAAAGAGCAGCUCUCUUUGUCGGACCCGUGUUCGAAGGAAAGACUCAUCGAUGCAAAGACGAUGCUGCCGCUGAAAGGAGAAUAUUUGCAGCACCAGAGCAGGCUGUGUCCCGGUGCUCGUCCCUCCUUAUUUUGUCGGAUGAAAUGCAAGACGCAGGGUACCGUCAAAGAGGAGGCCGACACCACGACGGGAGAUCUGGACCUGGCGAACAGCUUCGUGAGUCGGGACAUCCUGACUGCCGGAAGUCAAGACAACAGUGAAGGAAACGACGAGGCGGUCAUGGCGGUCAUCAUGGGCUUGCUGGAAGCUGGCGCUGGACUUGGUGGACCGGUGGACUUCGGUGGCAUGCCGUGGCCAUUGCCUUGAAACAGCCGUUCGCAAUCCUGUUUACUCGGACCUCUCGUGAACCGUUUCUCGCGUCGAACAGAGAAGAAUACAGCAGCUAUGGCCACUCAUGCGAAGACAUUGCAACUAUUCACUCCGAAGUGUGUGCACGUUACCGCACAGAAAGUUAUGCUUCGGUAAAGACCAAGCCCAGCAGGAAACGUUUCAAGGAACUGUCGUCCAUCUCUUCCUGCGCGGUUCCUCGUAAACCACGUGGCGUGCUUGUCGUGGAGUGCU